GCGGAACACCGCGGGCGGCGCGCCUCGAAGCCGGGCGCGCCCUCAGUCGGUUGCUGGUCGUUGAGGGCUGAGGUGUCGGUGUUGGCGUCUCAUCAUGCGUGAGUGCAUCUCCAUCCAUGUUGGACAGGCUGGGGUUCAGAUUGGCAAUGCCUGCUGGGAAUUGUAUUGUCUCGAGCAUGGAAUUCAGCCUGAUGGUCAGAUGCCAAGCGAUAAAACCAUAGGUGGUGGCGAUGAUUCCUUUAACACGUUCUUCAGUGAGACCGGGGCUGGCAAGCACGUGCCCAGAGCUGUGUUUGUAGACCUGGAGCCAACCGUAGUGGAUGAAGUCCGUACUGGCACGUACAGGCAGCUUUUCCAUCCUGAGCAGCUGAUAACGGGAAAGGAGGAUGCAGCCAACAAUUACGCCCGAGGCCAUUAUACCAUUGGCAAGGAGAUUGUCGACCUGGUCCUCGAUCGGAUCCGCAAACUGGCCGAUCUGUGCACGGGGCUCCAGGGCUUCCUCAUCUUCCACAGCUUCGGAGGAGGCACGGGCUCCGGGUUUGCCUCUCUGCUCAUGGAAAGGCUCUCGGUUGACUACGGCAAGAAGUCCAAGCUGGAGUUUGCCAUUUACCCGGCGCCCCAGGUCUCCACGGCAGUGGUGGAGCCGUACAACUCCAUCCUCACCACCCACACGACCCUGGAACACUCCGACUGUGCCUUCAUGGUCGACAACGAAGCCAUAUAUGACAUAUGUCGGCGUAACCUGGACAUCGAGCGGCCCACUUACACCAACCUGAACCGUCUGAUCGGGCAGAUCGUCUCCUCGAUCACGGCCUCCUUGCGCUUCGACGGGGCGCUGAACGUCGACCUGACGGAAUUCCAGACCAACCUGGUGCCCUACCCGCGUAUCCACUUCCCCCUGGCUACCUACGCUCCGGUCAUCUCGGCCGAGAAGGCGUAUCACGAGCAGCUGUCCGUGGCGGAGAUCACCAACGCCUGCUUCGAGCCCGCCAACCAGAUGGUCAAGUGUGAUCCCCGCCACGGCAAGUACAUGGCCUGCUGUAUGCUGUACCGAGGGGACGUGGUCCCCAAAGAUGUCAACGCCGCCAUCGCCACCAUCAAGACGAAGCGCACGAUUCAGUUUGUGGAUUGGUGCCCCACGGGAUUCAAGGUGGGCAUCAACUACCAGCCCCCCACCGUGGUGCCCGGCGGCGACCUGGCCAAGGUGCAGCGGGCCGUGUGCAUGCUGAGCAACACCACGGCCAUCGCGGAGGCGUGGGCGCGGCUGGACCACAAGUUCGACCUGAUGUACGCCAAGCGGGCCUUCGUCCACUGGUACGUGGGGGAGGGCAUGGAGGAAGGCGAGUUCUCGGAGGCCCGGGAGGAUCUGGCCGCUCUGGAGAAAGAUUACGAAGAGGUGGGCGUCGACUCGGUGGAGGCCGAGGCUGAGGAAGGGGAAGAGUACUAGUUGAAGAGGAAUGCCGGGGAGCCUUGCCUCCCACCCCCCACAAGUAUAACUGGUUACAUAAUUUGUUUACGAAUAAAUGUUUCCCUUUUGAAGCA